GACAUUUGGCUCAGCUGUCAGAACGUUAUCUCGGUCAAUUCCUGUUAAAUUCACAGAAGAGGCAGUUGCUAUCGGUGCACAACAUUUACUAAACUCAUUUACCGCAAACCCACACAUCGAAAAACAAAAAUGCCGAAAAAGAACGGUUUCUUUUAUUUUAUGCUCGACUACAAGAAGCGCGAGGAGGCCAAGGGACGAAAGUUCAGCGGCCUGGAUCAGGUGGCACCCAUUGCCGGCGAAGUAUGGAAGAAAAUGAACGCCCAGCAGCGUGAACCGUACAACGUGCAGGCGAAGCAGGACGUGUUAAACACGAGCGGUGGCAAGGGCAAGAUAACCAACAUUGGCAUACCGAUCAGCGAAAUUACGCAGGAAAAACGCGACCGGGAGAGCAAAGCGGAACGGCUGAAAAAGCUCGUCAGCACGCUGGUGAUGAAUGCUGCAUCGAAAAAUGGUAUGUGUGGAGGGAAUCACAGACAAGCGGAGCGUGUUGCUCAUUCCGCCGAUACUCACGGACGCCUUCUUUCCGCCUUUCUUUCCGCAGUGCUUGAAAAGCAAGAGUUUUACUUCAUUUCCAUGGCCUACUUCUGUCGGACGAACACUGGCGUCCAUCUGCCGGCCGAGCUGGCCGUCGUGCGGUACAGUCUCGAGGGUGGCGUAAAGGACAAGCUCCACAUGUUCAUCAAUCCGGGCCGGCUGCCGAUCGGGAUGGCGUACGAUGCGCAGCGGCACGCCGAGGAGGACCACCAGCUGCCGCUGCCACCGAACGCGAUGGGCGUGUCGGAUUACGGUGACGUGGCGAUGAGGCUGUUCUCCUUUCUGCUGCAGAACGACGACAUGCCGCUACUGUUCACCGACGAGACCGAUGUGCCCCGGGUGGAAAGCAUGCUGGAGCACAUUCUGAGCGACCAUCUCAGCGAGAUUGAGCUGCGCAUCUGCCCGCUGGCGGAGCUGUUCUUCCGGCUGAAGCAAAACGUCGAGCUGUACAUGAUGGACCAGACCACCUUCCCGUCCGUGUACAUUGCGCAGCAAAUCAUCACGAAGGACGUGUACGACUACACCAAGGGCAUCAGCUGCGACUACCACGAGGAGAAGGACAACGUGCUGUACUGCCCGCUGUCCCGGUGCAUCCGCUGGGCGUACAUCAUCUCGGACAACUGCUGCCAGGACAUGGGCAUCGAGCCGAUCCCCGGGAAGCAUGUGCCGCUGAACGCCAACACCAACCCGACCGCCUGCACCUACGAUCUGUCCUCGUUCGUGUCGGCGCACGACGACCGGGACUCGUUCGUGUCCGGGUCGAACGUCAGCCGUUUCACGAACCCGCUGACCGGAGAUUCCUACGCCAGCAGCCAGCUGCCGGCGUCGGCGGGUCGAGGUGCAAAGCGUUUCGGUCCGGGCGGCAGUUCGCGGGCCAACAGCAGCAGCAGUGCGGUACGGUCGCACUUUGAAAGCGUCGAAGAGUCGAUCAAUACAAACAGCUCGCUUGAAAGCAGCUCGCUCGAAAGCAGCUCGCAAAGCGACGAUAAGACGGAGCUGCACGAAAGCCUCAAACGUUCGGCCGCGUGGGAAAGCAACAGCAGCAUGGCGGGUGGCAGUGCCUGGGGCCCGGAAACAAAGUCGCCCGCCAGUAGCAGCUUCCGUGGGGCGGGCCGUGGACGGGGCCAGCUGCUGGAGGAGUUUCCACCGCUUGCCGGCGUUGGUGGACGUGGCCGCGCUCGGCGGUUCCUGUGAGCCGGGAGAUUUUUUUCUGUCUUUUCGCAGUUUUUUUUUUAAUCAUUCAUUACUUUCUGUGCGCGUGCCUUCGGUUAGGGAUAUAGUGCCAUGAGCAGAUUUCGAAAACAAAACGCAAACAAUUAGAAUUACAUCCAAAACGAACAAUCAAGAGCUUACUUACUGACUCGCGCGCUUCAUUGUGCACAAGGGCGACGACUUUUUUUUUUUUUUUUUAAAGCAUUUUUACUUGGGCUUAACCAAAGCCAAUGAUUUUUUUUCCCAAGAUUCCCAACCACUCGUUUCGGUAUUAUGAAAUCGUCUGAAUUACGUAUUAAUAAAAGUAGUACGUAAAGAACUUA